AUGCAAAGUUACCCAAUCAGCUGCCCCUUAUUAGACCCAUAUCCACCCUCUCUGCUCAGUAACUUUCUGUAUCCAGAGCGAGUGUGGAUUCUAUUCCUGGCUCUACUCAUCUCUAGAAGGUGAGGAUUUCAUAGUUUGGUAGUCUCAGUCCGGGUCUAGUAUCCAUGGGAUGAAGGGUUAAUAGACUGUGGGAAUAGGGUCGGUUUAUAGGUUAGGAUAUGUUGUGGAUUGGCAAUUAGACUGUUAGAAGAUUCUUAGCAUUUAGAAGACUUCACUCAGGCUUUGUGGAAGUAACUGGCUGAAGAUGCACCGAGAAUUUAUGUACAAAUAUAAAUAUUCUUUAAAUGACACCAAUUCCAAAGCUUCCUUUCAAAACAUGUUAUCCAUUAGGAAUGAGUAUAUAUUAGCAUUUAUUAAUGAUAUUUUGCCUUAUUAAACCUUCCAUCCUCUCCACUAAUCUCAUUACUCAGUUUUACUUUCUAUAUUCCUCUUUUACAGAUCUGUCCAUGUCCCCUCUGUCCCUGCAAUCUUUGUUCUGUCUUUUCCCCAGCUCACAGUUUCUUCAAUUAACCCCUUAAGGACCAAACUUCUAGAAUAAGAGGGAAUCAUGACAUGUCACACAUGUCAUGUGUCCUUAAGGGGUUAAAGCUUGCCCUCCACUGCACCCAAAAUCCCAUUGCUCUAUUUUAAAGUCUCAUAACUCUCUGAUCAUAUUUUAGCCCACCCGACCUUCACCCUGUCUUGUAGUGCUCUUGCCCUUCACCUCUGAUACUGUAUUCUAAAAUCAGAAGAAUUUAAAUAAAAGGAUUUACCCAAAAUGUCAUAGAGUUUAACAUUUUUUAAAUUUUAUACAUUUUUAAAUGUCUAUUUUUAAUAAAAGCCUUAAUAGUGCAUAUGUUUUUUGGUUUGUACAUUUACCAUUGAAUCUUUUAAUAAUGUAAGUGUCAGGGAUCUUACCUGGGAGUCCAGCACGCAGAGUUAAAGCGCCCUUUGCAAUUUGACACAGGCCAAGGGGACUCAAGACAGAAAUCCCCAAGGCUGUGACACAGUGCACUAGGCUGAAAUAACCAAUGCUUCCUGGAACGCAGUACAGACAACGGAUAUCCAGAAGAGUAGUCAGUAACAGAAUCAGAAGUCAGGACAGGCGAAAACAGUAGACGAGCAGGGGAUCAAAACCAGGCGUCAGAUGAAUAGCAGUGAAACCAAACAGGAAACACAAUCUGACAACGAGAACCAGCCUUGCGGGGUUUAAAUAGGGAGUCUCAGCCAAUCAUCAGGGAACCAGGAACAGGUGUGCAAAUGUCCAGAACUAGAGAUUCAGACAGCAUGAACCCAGGAACCACACAAAAGGAAUUAAAGAUGCGUGGAUUCAAGGACAAGGUGCCUGACUGGGAUGCAGGAGAUCCAGAUUCAAACCUAGCCAGACCCAAAUACCCAUAAUUAGUGCACAGCUCACUGGUGACCCUGACAGUAAGUCUCCCCAACCAUUCUGCACAGCUAAUUGCAUACAACCUUUAUUCUAUCAGAACAGUAAUCAUGGUUUGUGCCCCCAAAGAAGGCAUAGACUGCUCACUCUUAGAUUAACUGCACCUUCAGCCAAAUGCUAAGACCUGUAGGCUAAAUGAGGCAGCAAUACAUUUAUACUAAAUGUUUAAUGAUAUAAAUUACACUGAUCACUUUAUUUUGUUUUAGAAUGGCUGCUACAAUCCUGGAUGUCACCAAGGAGACAGCAAAGUAUCUUCUGCAGCUGGUGGGAGAGACAUCUCAGACCAUGACGAGGAUGUCUGUAAUGGAUCACUUUGACCCAAUUUAAGAACUGGGCAAAGGUUCUUAAGGGAAGGUUCUCCUCGUCAAUCACAGGCAUUCAGGUAAGUUACAUUAGCUUGUAUGCUCAUCUCUCACCUUUAAAAAAACUGGAGUCCUUUAUUUUAUACAGUUAGUUCUAAUGGAUUUCUGCAUUUAGCACGGUAAAUUACAAUGCAGAUGUUUUUCGGCACCUCAAGAAAUUGCUACAGUCCAUAAACUGAAAGCCAUGGUUUUCUAAAACUAUUAUCUGUAUAAACCUGAGUAGCUGGAGAUCACAGUAUAUUUUGUUUUGUUAACAGGACAGCUGGUGGCCUUGGAAAUGCUAGUGAAGGAGAAGACUUUAGCAGAUAAUUUCCUCUUGGAAUAUAGUAUCUGAGGUAACUUAGGAAAUCAAAGCUGCAGAUUCCGGUAAGUCUGAUUGUAGCCGAACGCAUUUUUCAACUCACAAAUACAUCCAAGAUUGAGAUAGGAUACAACAAUAGUUUAAGAACUGAUUUAUUUUGUUUAGGUUAAGGGAACAUUUUAUCCACUAUUUUAACUGCUAACUAGUUGAAAUGUAGAAAAUGGUUUAAAGUAGCACACUGUUACAGCAGUUUGUAGAUAUACCACAAAGAAAAUAUGCAUGUAAUUUGGUUUCCAUUUUUCUUAGGGGUUAUAUAAAAUCUUGAUUUGUGUAUAUUCAUUUUGUUCUUGUAUAUUACUAGACUUUAGUUAGUUAAAGGGACACUCAAGCCACCCAGACCACUUCUGCCCUUUGAAAUGGUCUGGGUGCCAACUCCCAUCACCCUUAACCCUGCAAGUGUAAUUAUUGCAGUUUUUAUAAACUACAAUAAUUACCUUGCAGGGUUAAAUCCUCCCCUAGUGGCUGUCUACCAGACAGCCACUACAGGGACUUCCGGCUUCUUAAAACACAAAUAGUGUUUUAAACGAUGCUGGACGUUUUCACGCUAUGCAUGAAGACCUCCAGCAUUGCCGGAAUCCCCAUAGGAAAGCAUUGAGUAAUGCUUUCCUAUGGGGGGGUCCUAAUGCGCGCGGCCAUUGUGAAACCUGACCCAGCACCGAGGGACAUUGGCGCUGGAUUCAGGUAAGUCACUGAAAGGGUUUUAACCGCUUCAGCAACAUGGGAACCUGCAGUGUCAGGAACACUGAUAUUUUCAAGGUCUUCAAAUCCAAAAAUCUGUAUUUAACAUUUUUUAAAACAAUGUCAACUGUUCAAAAAAACAAACAAACAAACAAACAAAAGACAUUUCGACCCAUUCAGGUCUUUAUCAAGAUCCACACAAAUAUAUAGCCAAUAUCAAAAUUAACUUGUAAAUUAAGUAAGAAGACAGCCUGCAGACUGAACCACCCAGAGGCGUCGGACUCCAUGUGUCACCAGGAAGCGUUCGUUAGUGAACGUUGUUGCUAUGCAAACCAGCAUGCUUCCCAGCAGGCGUGGUUGCUAGGUAAGGAGAAACUAGUGAAUAGAACACAUAAAGUCUAACAAUCGAAACCCAUACACGGAGGAAACAAAAAUUAAGCAUGUCCGGGUAAAGGGCAAACAAGCCGGCAGAGAGGAUGUGUGUGUGUGAGACGAGUGCUAAAAACUUAGCGAGAGAAUGUAAAAACAGUGAAAAAUAGGUGAAAUAUACACUACAGCAUGUGAGCGGCUAAGUGUGAUGGGUUAUGUGCCUCAAGUACCAUUGUAAUACGUAGAAUAGAUCAAAUAAAACCAACAAACACAUAAACUAAAGCUCCAUAAGUCAGAUCUGGAGACACUGUAGACAUAUUCUUAGUGUUAGUAUAGAGAUGUAGACAACCUAAAAGGGGGAGCAAGGAGUCAAGAUCAAUGAUAAUACAUGUAAAAUACAUGCAUAAACAGUAGGGCUGUGCAUGGGAAAAUUAUUCGGUUCGGUUCAGCAUUCCCAAAUUCGGGACUUCGGCACUUCGAACUUCAGGUCUUCGGGUAAGUGUAGGGUUAGGUUAGUGGGUAGAGGUAGGGUUAGGGUAGGGUUAGGGGUAGUGUUAGAGGUAGGGUUAGGGUUAGGGGUUGGUUAGGGGUAGGGUAGCGUUAGGGUUGGUUUAAGAGUAGGGUAGGGUUAAGGGGUAGGGUUAAUGGGUAGGGAUAAUGGGUAGGGUUAAAGGGUAGGGGUAGGGUUAGGGUAGGAGUAGGGUUAGGGUUGGGUUAGGAUUAAGGUUAGGAUUAGGAUUGGAUGAGAGUAGGGUUAGGGGUAGGGUUAGGUUUAGGAGUAGGGUUAGGGUUAGGGGUAGAGGUACCCUAACUCUACUCCUAACCCUACCCUAACCCUACUACUAUCCCUUCCCCUAACCCUACCCUAACCUAACCCUACUCUCAUCCAACCCUAACCCUAACCCUACUCCUAACCCUCCUCCUACCUCUCCCAGUGCUCUUGCACAGUGGCCAAGUGGUAAAGCGUUGGUUUCGAUAAUGGGUUCAAUCCCCAUCUGUGCCUAACUAAAUCUGAAAAGAUUUGUUCUUUGUAAUUAACUCAACAGCACCUCAUUUAUGCAUACUUUAUGCAAAAUCAAAGAGUUCUUCACAGGUCCAUUAACUGGAAGUUUCCAUCCAACAAACUAAAAUGGGAAAAGAUCACAUACUCACAGGCUCGAAAACGGAAACUAAGUGACACUAUGACAAAGGUGUAUUGACAAUCACAUUGCUAAUGAUUAUUCUAAUUUGUGACUUUUGUAUUCUCUUUGGCAAUCAGAUUUUUUUUGUGAUAUAAUUUUAAUUUCACAAUAUUUUUCACAAAUAUUAAAAACAAAUACACACAAGAAAAUUAAUUUAUACACAUGCUAUUUAAAAACAGCAACUCUAUUAAUAUCUAAUGCCAUUAUAGUCUGCAUUAAAAAAGAGCUGCUAUUCUUUCUCAUUUAUUCAACAUGUUUCCUUAAUCUAUCUAGACUAUCUAAGUCUCUCUCACAGGACACCAAACCGCUGGACACAGACAAAAAAAAAAACCCUCCAGUCUGGUUUCCGCGCUAAGCACUCUGUGGAAACGGCACUGACCAAAGUAUCCAAUGAUCUACUCGCUGCAAAAUCUCAUGGUCACUACUCUAUCCUAAUUCUCCUUGACCUGUCUGCGGAUUUUGACACUGUUGAUUAUCAACAGCUUCUUCUCAUCCUCCGCAAUAUUGGUCUAUAACAUAUUGCUCUCUCCUGGUGCUCCUCCUACCUCUCCCAGCGCUCUUUCAGAGUUUCUUUCUCUUGCUCUGCUUCUUCUUCCCAACUCCUCUCUGUUGGUGUCCCCCAAGGUUCAGUCCUUGGUUCCCUACUGUUCUCUAUCUAUACUGCCUCCCUUGGUAAACUCAUUAGCUCCUUUGGCUUCCAAUAUCAUUUCUAUGCGGAUGACAAGCAAAUCUACCUGUCCUCUCCUGAUCUCUCCCCGUCCCUCUUAACUAGUGUCUCUGACUUCCUCUCUGCUAUAACUGGAUGGCUGCCCACUUCCUUAAACUCAACUUGACCAAAACUGAAAUUCUAUUCUUUCCUCCCUCCAAGUCAACGGUGCUACCAUCAGCUCCACCAUGCAGGCUCGCUGCCUAGGUGUUCUCUUUGACUCAGACCUCUCCUUCACGCCUCAUGUUCAGUCUAUCACCAAAUCCUGUCAUUUCCAUCGAGGCUCAUCUUCCUGUCCACCCGCACCUCUCAUACCUCACCCUUCUGUCAGUCCCUACAUUGGCUUCCUGUAAGAUAUACAAAAAUUCUGGUUCUUGCUUUCAAAUCUCUACAUAAUGCUGCUCCCACCUAUCUAUCCUCACUAAUACACAAGUAUGUCCCGUCUAGACCCUUACGCUCUGUUGAAGACUUAUGUCUAUCUUCUGUCCGUACUCCCACCUCUGAUGCUCGCCUUCAAGAUUUCAAGAUUUCUCCAGGGCUGUGGAACUCACUUCCCUCCUCCGUUAGAUGCUUACCCAGUCUCCACUUCUUCAAACAUAGUCAUUAAAAACCCACUUCUCCAUAAAGAUUAAAAUGUUAAUAGCUCCCGACUGAUUCCUCUCACCAUCCUUACCUUUUACCCCACUCCCUCUAGCAUGUAAGCUCAUAGAGCAGGGCCCUCAACCCCUCUGUUACUGUGUAUCCAAUAAUAAUAAAACAACAAAUUUUGGAAAUAUUAAUCCUAAAGUAAAUAGGACACCGCAUAUACAGAAAGUAUGUACGUAAUAUAUGAUUAAUUAUUACUGCCAUUUACAAGGCGCCAACAUAUUCCCCAGCGCUGUACAACAUACACAGAGCAAUGCAAACGGUAAAGAGGGCCCUGUCCCUGAGCUGAGAUCUAGCCAUUAUAGCUCUUUUAUUCAGAGAACGUAGAUAGCCCAAUCUAAAUGAUUAGUAUGGUUCUAUCCAUGUACAGCCCCUAUUCACAGCUUACACCACAUGCAACCCACAACAACGUCCCUCCCAUUUCUACACUUACAAUAUAUUCAUUAGAUCGGUCCCUUCUAUAGCAUUUUACAAAAUUAGUUUUUACAUUUUUUAUCUGAUACACAUUUGGGGUUUAAUGGUGAAAUUAUCUUAAUUAAGGGAUCAAUCCUUAUUUUAUAACGUAGUUUAUUAAAAUAAAAACAUAUAGUUAUUCCUGGCUUAUUACUUCAAUAACUAAUUCUCUAUUAUUUGUAAUGUUAAAAAAAAUAUCUUUUUCUAUCCAGUUCCUGUUAAAAUCUGUACUAAUAGCCUUUUUCUAAAUGAAAAAAUAAACAAUAAAAAAAUCUUCAUUUGGAUCAAUUUUCACUUUUUCACUUUCAUUUGGAUAAUUAGAAUAGUAGGUAAGCAAACAGAUUGAAAUAAUAAUAAUAAUAAUGUUAUUAAAUAAAUAUCUUUCUCUCUCUCUCUAACUAUAUAUGUGUGUGUGUGUAUAUAGAUAGAUAGAGAUAGAAAAAUAGAUGGAUUUAUUUUUUAUUAUGAUGGGUGGACCUGUGAUGUGUCAAAUUCUGAUUGUUGCUUGUGACAUCACUGUGACAUCAUCCUUGCUGAGUACAGUUCAGUCAGUAGACAUUGCAAGGCAGAGAUAGCUAUAGAUAGUGUGAUUGUUCCGUGACAUCACUGUGACAUCAUCCUUGCUGAGUACAGUUCAGUCAGUAGACAUUGCAAGGCAGAGAUAGCUAUAGAUAGUCUGAUUGUUCCCUGUGACAUCACUGUGACAUCAUCCUUGCUGAGUACAGUUCAGUCAGUAGAUAUUGCAAGGCAGAGAUAGCUAUAGAUAGUGUGAUUGUUCCCUGUGACAUCACUGUGACAUCAUCCUUGCUGAGCACAGUUCAGUCAGUAGACAUUGCAAGGCAGAGAUAGCUAUAGAUAGUGUGAUUGUUCCCUGUGACAUCACUGUGACAUCAUCCUUGCUGAGUACAGUUCAGUCAGUAGACACUGCAAGGCAGAGAUAGCUAUAGAUAGUCUGAUUGUUCCCUGUGACAUCACUGUGACAUCAUCCUUGCUGAGCACAGUUCAGUCAGUAGACACUGCUUAGACAGUAGACACUGCUUAGCUGCUGUGGUGAUAACGUAGCUAAAUAUGGGAGAUAGUAGAACUAUUUUCUCGUGUUUUUCAUGUGUACGCUGUGAUGUAAGUAAAAGACUUGAUUUUCUGUAUAAGGUUCCAGUUCUACAUAUUAUUAUCUGAGAGUUUUAUCAUGUUAAAUCCCCAGUGUAGUCUAGGAUGGGGGAGAAAGAGAAUACAGAUGGGACCCUUUAUAUGAUUAUUAAUGGGAAACACUGGGGGGUUACACACAGAUCUAUCAUUUUAUUCUUUCCUCAAUAUUUAACCCUUUCAUGACUCAGUAUUUAAUGUCCCAAACACAGUGACAGCCUAUGGUUACUGUAUCAGUUUUCGUGGUAUGAACUCCUUGCCCUUUAUUCAUUUCAGUUACUGGUAUGUCAUGUGGAAGUAUUAUAGAGUUUUGUUAUUAGGAGGAUUACACAAACAUAUAUCCUGUAUAUGUAUAUAAUAAGUAUAUCAGGAAUGAAAGACAGCACUGAGACACAGGAACAGACACUCAGCACCAGAUCAAUAGAAGCGGGGUCAACCAUAGCAGACAGGACCCAGGGUGCCGACCCCAGACUCCUCCCAUACCAUCCAGCACAUAAUAACUGGGUGCAAGGUGUUAGUAGGGACAGCACACACUGAGACACGAACACGUUGUGAGCCUUUUCUUCUGGCAAAGAGCAUAUGGGUUUCUGAUUCUUUUUAUUUCUGCCUUUUCAGGUCAGCGAAACAAAAGUUAUCGAUGUUAUCGAGCAACGAGCAGGGGAACAUCCAGGUACAUUAAAACACUUUGCGUGUGUGCUAUUAUUAUUAUUAUUACCAUUUAUAUGAUGCCAAUAUAUUCUAUAGCGCUUUACAAUAUUAUGAGAGGGGGGAUUUAACCAUAAAUAAGACAAUUUCAAGAACAUUUACAGGAACAAUAGGUUGAAGAGGACCCUGCUCAAACGAGCUUACAGUCUAUAUAUAGGAUGUGGGGUAUAAAACACAUUAGGACAGGAAAUAGCAACCAAAUAAGGUGGGAGUGAAGCAGAGAGUAGAGUGCUGCCCUAUAUGAGAAAGCAAUAGAUAGGUAUGUAAGGUAGACCAAUCAGGAGAGGGUUACAAUAAUCCAUGCAGGAAAUUACUAGAGCAUGGACAAGCUCCUUGGUAGCAUCUUGCGUAAGAAAGGGGCGGAUGCGGGCUAUGUUUGUAAGAUGGAAUCUACAGGAUUUGGCAACACACUAUAUGUGAGAUUCAAAGGCGAGGCCAGAAUCAAGUAUGACACCAAGACAGCGUGCUUGCAAGGAUGGACUUAUGUGGAUACCACUAACACAUUUAAGUACAUAUGUAAAUGUGUAACCAUAUCACAUAUCCCAUUAAAGUUACCAGAUUACACAUCAUUAAGGGACCACACCACACUUGAAAAAAACAGGAAAAGGUAAGAUACAGAGGGAAAGCAUCUAUGAUUCAUUUGUUAUUUCUUACAUUAUUUUUCAAUAAUGUUUGAGUGAAACCUUAUGAGAUGAGUUAUUCCACAAUGGGUGUCAAUUUCCUUUUUACCAUUAAUAUAAUAAAAUAUAGUAAUUUGUCUCCUAGCAACACCUGCUAUAAGCACAUUGGAGAAACGCAUUGAGGAGCUGGGCCACCGUUUUGUGAUCGAGCGUGCCGUGGCUGAAGGAGCCAAACGUGCCAUCAAGGCAUUAGAUCAUGGAAAGCCACUUGUUGAGGUCAGUUAUAAAGUUUAUUCUUUUAGCCAUUUUAUCCCAUGAAUGAAGAAUGGGCUUUCAAUGUCUGUCUGGGGGUUUGUUGGCAUUAGCCAAGUAGCCAUGGUUUAUUAUUAUUAUUAUUAUUAUUAUUAUUAUUAUUAUUAUUAUUUAUAAAGCGCCAACAAAUUCUGCUUGAUAAAUAAUAUACAAAUGACACAUUUAUAUUAUCUUUUCUAAGACUUUCAUUGUUUGAAGUCUUUGUGGGGCCAUUUGUUCUGUAUUUUAUUCUGUCUCUAUAAUGCUUUAUUUAAAGGGAAUCUAUAGUGUAAGGCAAACAAAGUUGUAUUCCAUACACUCUAGUUCCCACUGGCCGCCUCCUACCUCACGCCCUUUCUCCUUCCCGUGUUACAAAAUCCCUUUUAACACUUACCCCAUAUCUGGAGGGGUGGCUACUGCGCAUGCAUGGCGAGCACCGCAAGUGAAUUAGGCCCUCCCCAUAGGAAAAGCAUUGCUUCAGUGCAGAGCGUACAGAACGUGAGGGCGUCCAGCAUCAGACUACAAAUGUCGCUUUAAUCAAAAGUCUCUACUGGCUGUCUGAUUGAGGUAGUCUUAGUCCUGUAAUGUAAUCAUUGCUGUUUCUCAAAAACUGCAAUGAUUUACAUUGCAGGACUAAGAUGACUAAGAAGGACAGGGACCCUGCACCCACACCUCUUCAAUGAGCUAAAGUGGUCUGUGCGCUUAUAGUGUCCCUUUAAAAUUCUCCCAAUUGUUUAAUUCCCUUUAGUUUUAUUAAAAGCCAAAAACAUGUCUGUUCUGCAUUGAUCUGCCCACUUUAAUCUAUAGAAAAAUACAUACACACAUUCUGCAUUUAAGUUAUUUACAGGUUUUUUUUAAUGACAGAUGCAGUGUCGCCAUAUGGGCAGGUGAAUCUGUACCUAUCAAACCAUCCCCAUCCUCUUUAAUAAAACACAACAUGUCUGUGUAUGGGGAAAAUUGUCCACAGCUUUUAUUUAACAUAUAAUAAUAAAUAAAAGUCAUUGCCCUCCACCUAUUGCCGUCUUAUAAUUUAGCAGAUCUAAUAAUAAAUAGGGCAAUGACUAACCAUAAAUAACAUAUAAUAAUAUAUAAUAAUAUAUAACACAUAACCAAUACAAUGCCAACAUUUUCUUAACAGCCCACUGGUGAGGGUAUAUCUGAUACCCCCACUCCUCCAAGGUUCUGAGCCACCUACGGAUCCGAAAUCUCCCAACACCAUAACCAACUUAUAACUCCAAUUCAAUUUCACCAUUUCUUUUUACCUACCCCUUGCUCCUUUCUAACUCCAAAAUCCCUAUCCCCCCAUUUUCUUCCCUUUACUAGCCCCGCCACAAGCUCAGACCUUGACCCCUUAAGACUUCUGAGCUCCGCCACCCUGCUAAAACAGCGCCUGGCUAAGCCCUUCUUGAAACCCCAGAUUCAACAAAUCCCAACCCAUCUCUGAAAGGUGCAUGUUGUCUUGUCGGAAAUACCCAGCCAAUCUAUUCUCCAGUUCCCUGUGCCUGACCACAACCCCUCCAGCUUCAGAAUAAAGCUAGCCAUUAAACUGUUCACCUUACAUCGACAGUGAUCAAUCGCGCUGCAUUCCUCGCAUGCCACCAUCGAAGUCACGGUACAAUCUCUGACCAGUUGACCAUGACCCCUGGUACCACAUUCCUAAUCCCGUUGAUAUCCUGCUUCAUCCAUCUAACCAGGUCCCUCUGUGGAAUCAUUACCCUCUGUAUGGAAGACAAUAAAAUCAGGCCAUCUACCUCCCUGCACUAAACGAAACACCGAUCUCCAUCCGAACCCUCAGUAACCACUCCAUUUUAACACCAACUGGUCCUCAGGAAAGCCCAGCUGCUGACCCUUAAAAUGAACUGAAGCUCUCUUUUUAGCCCAGAAGAUGUAUGAGUGCCCAAUGGUCCAUACUACAUGACCUAGGGAAAGAAGAAUGCAAAUUCAGCAUCACACCCAAGAACCAGCACCCCUUGCCCCAUCACACCAACUUACCCAGGCGAACGUAGGAGCGAAACCGCACUGAUUCCCACCUGCCUAUCCUCUUAACCAAUUCCUCACCAAACCAACUGAAUCACCUCCGUAUCUGCUCCAAUAUGGAACAAGUGCAUUCCAAACUGUUCCGGGUACAACCCUAAGACACUUAAACCCAGCUAAAAAACCCGGAAACACUGGAACCUAGAAAGCGAUUAUCUGUCCAUGUAGACCAAAAAGGAACCCCCCUGUCGGACGCUUCCCCAAGUAUCUUUCCACCUCCAACUGGGCAGAAGAGGGAUCCCGGGAAAUUGUGCAAUUUUAUAUUCGUACCCUUUCCACACACUUCUGUUUUCAAAUGGGCCAAAGGAACGAUCACCUUAUCCCCAACUACCGAAACGUCGCUUCACUGACGAGCUCACUCACCCGAAAUGCCCCAAAAAACACUAGGUGAAACUCUACCCCAAAUAGCAGUGCUUCAUAGUUGCUAAAGCAAAACUCAGGCAAAACCUUAACCAGCCCUCCCAAAAGGCAAACGGACACUGGUCUACGUGCAUCUGGCACCCUCCAACCCCUGCGGAGGCCCUUCAGCGCCUGUCUAAUAAGGAAGUGUAUCGUCAGGUCCCCCCACCCAUGUAACUUAAACCUGAAUGCCAUGUGCCUGUCCACAACCGCAGGCAAUGAGCCCUUCCUCAGCAAAUGGAACGUAAACCAUAAUAGUGCGUCCAAAUGUGAUCCCUCCAAAGAAGACCCCUUACUCUUGCCCAACGACCUCUCCCACGACCCCCAAACCUUACAAUAAGCAGACCGCAUUCCCGGGGCCAAGGGCGACCUCACGAAUCCCCCAAGCAAGCUGUCCGGAGAAACUACAUCUUAUAAUUCCCUGACCUCCUGUGCACCCAGUGCCCGGGACCACUGUGAAUGAGAGUGCAUAAGCCACAUUGUUCAAAUAACCUGGAACGUGCCACGUGCCAAAAACAAUAUUGAGAGACAUACACAGAAAAAUGAGCCACUGCAGAAGGCGUACCACCAGCUCCGAGGAUGCCGACAGGUUGUUGACUGCGUACACCACGGCCAUUAUUGUCCAUGUGAAACAUGACCUUCUUGUCCUUGAGCAGAGGCCCCCAGAGCGAUAGAGCUACCACUAAUGGGAAGAGUUCAAGAAAGGCCAAGUUGCACAUGAGCGGUCUUUCCAUCCACAACGUCAGCCAUGACGCUGCGCACCACCUACCCCCGAAGUAUGCACUAAAGCCCAGGCUCCCUGAGGCAUCUGUAAACAACUCCAAGUCAGCCGCCAAUUUCACCAGUUCCCGAAACAACACAGUGCCAUUAAAGUCCCGUAGAAACACGUCCCAAACUGCCAAAUCCUCCUUAAUGGUCGUCGUCACCCAUACAAAGUGAUGCAGUGACAUCACUACUGCCGUAGCCCGAGCCAGCCCCCUACUGAAAACCAGAGCCAGGCCGCUACUGAAAACCAGCCCAGUGGGAAUCACCCGGCAAGCAAAGUUGAGCUUGCCGAGCAGUGAUUGCAAUGCCCGAAGCAUGACCUUCUUGGCCUGACGCACUUCCCUCACUGCAGCCCUAAGUCCCUCGAGCUUGUCCCCGGGCAACCGACAUUCACCCUUUGCCAAAUAGAUUUCCAGCCCCAGGAAGCAAAUACAGUCCAUGGGGCCUUUCGUCUUAUCCGCCGUCAAAGGGAACCCAAACAAUCUGGCCACCCACUGAAGGGUACGCAACAAAUGCAGGCACAAUGAAGAGUUCCCAGGACCCAUGCACAAAAAGACGUUUAAAUAAUGGACCACCGCUCGACUCCCCGCUUCCUGCCGCACCACCCACUCCAAAAAAGUGCUGAACUCGAAGUAGGAGCACAAGAUAGAACAACCUAUCGGGAGACAUUGGUCCACGAAGAACUGACCGUGAAAACUGCAGCCCAGCAAGGGAUGACAAUCCGGAUGAACCGGCAGCAGUCGAAAUGCAGCUUCCACAUCCACCUUUGCCAUACGGGCGUGAUGUCCGGCAGUCGCCUACCAACCUGCCUACCUGGUCAAAUGAUGCAUAGGAGACCAAACACAGCACCCUAUCUAUGUCGUCAUUAACUGGCGACCCCUGUGGGUAUGGACAGGUGAUGGAUCAUCUGGUACUUCCCUGGUUCUUUUUUGGGCACAAUAUUAAGAGGGGAGAUCCACAGUCCGUCCAGCGAGGGGUCAUCCUACCCAACUGCCCCUCCUUCAUCAAAUUGUCCAGCACCACCCAGGGAAGUUUCAAUGCCGACUUCAAAUUAUGCAACCCCCCACUCCCUUCCCUGUCUUGGAAAGGGAUAGAAAAAAACAUUUAAGAAACCGUACCUCACCAAAUACACAUCCCCCUUGCUACCGUAACGGCUUAACCAUGGUAACAUCUCUUCUAGCCUCACCGGCAUUGUGCCCAGUGGCAAUGGGCCCAAGACUCGUGACCGCAUCCUCCGAAGCCCCAAUGGACCCCUAGAGUCACCCCCACUACAAGAAUCUAUCAGUUGCUUUAACUUGUCAAGCAAUAUCUGUGAGUGUGGUGCAAGGGUAGACUCACCAUCCAAGCCCGCUUUCGUUGAAGACCCCAUAGCUGCUCCUCGGAUCCCACCGGAACAGGAACAGGAUGCCACCAUGCUCUUCGGACCAACUGGGGAGACCACCUGGAAGAUGAUCCACUCAGUGACCUAGAACGAGAACAAAAAUUCCUGGGCAGGGUGCACCGUUCAUCCACAACCCUUGCACCGCAAUCCCGGGGCUGCUUGCAUGACUUCCAAGCAUCCCAUCUCUUCCCUAGGCUCCUCCGAUCACCUAGAGUGCGGAGGCCCCGCUGAUCUGACCCCUGAGGCUGCAACUCUGACUGUGAGAUAACCUCCGCCUGCUCUGAUGCACCCGUCUCACUGCGCACCCUCCAUUGCCCGCUCCCACCACAGGGGAGGCCCCACCAGGGCUAAGGCGCACGUGUGUGCCUGUCCCCCAGCCAACCUUCCGGCUCCGCCAACGCCACCAACAUCGCUCCCAGCCUCUCCCAGAUCCAAUCUUCUCCACGGAUCCGUGCACCUGCAUGAACACCGUGGAUCAUCUCCUCCAGGGACACCAUCAUGCAAAAGAAAAAAGGGGAAACCCACCAAACAGAGUCUGAACACACCAGAGUGACAAACCGUACUCACACGUUGGUGCAUACAUUAAAAUUGCCUAUUCCUAAGAUGGCUGCCCGUCUAUAUAUAUGCUCCCACCCUUAGACCCAAUCUACCAAUCUUGUUACUGCUCCACCUAUGCCCGCUUCCUAGCCUCAUCAGAGCCACUUUCUACUAAAAUGCGGUCGCUCCAAUAAACUCUGACUUGUAGGGAAUUAAAAUCUGAAUUACAAAACUGAGAUAAACAUAGACACACUGUGACUAAAGCCAAGAUUGGAAUUUCUCCAAAUCACUAAUUUUUGUUUAAAUAUUUGCGGUUCAGAUUUUGAUUUGCUACUUUCUAGACUUUAGUGAUUAAUCCUGAGUUGUUAUACAUUGAGCACUAUACAGAAUUAUAACCUUUUAUAAAUGCAAUGCAAGUAUUGCCCACACUCUUUUUCCAUUUCUUUUUUAACAGGCUCAAUCAAUAUUAAACCAGGCAAAUGAAAAGCUGGACCUCCUUAAAUAUUCCAUGGAGGAACUAGUGAAAGAACUUCCUGAUAGCCAUCCCAGGAAGAGUAUUACCACCGAGGAAUUGUUCCUCAAUUCUGACAUAUCCAAGCCCACUGCACUAACGGGUAAGUUCUUUUGCCUCUGAAAGAUAUUUCAAUAAAGGAAAGAAGACAAAUAUAUUUAACAUUGAAGUAUCAGAGCAUGCUUCCAUCUGUGAAGUCUGUCUACUGUGAUCACGCAGUUAGUCAACCGAUAUUCCAGCAGACUUAAUUCUGUAUGACGUAAAUACAAAUUUAAAGGUGACAGGUGCCAUUUUUUUACAUGACAACAAUAUGGAACCAGCACACACAUAAUCUGUCAUCAGUAUAUUUAAAUAUAUAAUAUAUAAUAUAUUAAUAUAAAUAGUUACCAUAGAUAUAGAGCUCUGACACCUUCUACCUAUGUUUUCCAGAUCCCGUAUCUUUACGAGAAAGCAUUAAGGUUCCAGUCUAGUGCGCUUUUUUAGCCAUUACACUUAUUUAUAUUUAUCUUUGUGUGUCGUUUUUUUUUCUUUGUAUAGCACUAUUUUUAUACAUUUUUUGUGGGUUAUUUUGUUCUUCAUAGUCCACCAAUUGGACUUUUUGGCCAAUCUAUUAAAUGUUAAGUUUUAACAAACUAAUAUUUCCCUGAACUGUAUUUCAGUCAUAUAUGCACCUAGUUGCAUCCUCCAUCUUUUCUUUGUGUACAUUUAUACCGGGGUUAACCCCCAAAUCAGGAGGUUCUGCAACUUCUGGCUCCAUUCCAGUCCCUUCCUUUUUCUUUUCUUUUAUCGUCUAAAUUAUUCUCAUGAAUUCUGUUUUACUUUUUUGGCGUAAUCUUUGUGUCCUCUUAAGUGUAAAGGUUAAUCCAGAAGUGGGUUCCUUGUGGUUUCAACUUGUAUAGCGUGGACUUGUUGCAUUCUGUUCUGAAUUACUCCUGUGUGUGUUUAGAAAUAUCUACAAAUAUAGAUUUCUUCUAUAAUGGCACAAGUGACAUAAACAUUCUUUGAGGAUCGAGCAGGGACUAAGUGAAGCUACUGAGUUUUUAUCUGUUUAUAAAUUCUGUUUUGAUUGGUUUAUAUCCGAUAAGGAUGUAAAAGCUGCCUUAUUAUUGAAUAUUCUGUGUUUCCUACUUAGACCAGCCAUGAAGUUCCCUUUAACAUAAGAGCCAUAUUUCAUGGUUGCUGAAGGUCUAUUUCUUUGUUGAGUUGAUAAAUUGGUGGUGGAAUCCAUUUGGGAAUCUGAUAUUUGAUUAUUGUAGGAAAUGUAUUGAGUGAACAUUUGGUGAGAGGAGAGUUAAUAUAUUCCUGUGAUGACACAAGUGAAAAUGUAAUAGUCAUUGUUACAAUAUUAAUUCUGAUUGUUUGACAGGUACCCUGAAAGUGAAAGUAAAGGGCUGUCACAAUAUUCUGGAGAAUGUACCUGGCAGACUAAAAGACCCGUCAGUUGUUCUCCCAGGAAGGAGGACACGUCGAGGAAGAUUCUCAUUAAUGAGCCGGAUCAGAAGAAACAACCGUGUCUGCAGUCAGAACACCCAAGAGACUGUUGGCUUUUCCAGUACAGUGAUUUUUAUCUUAUAAUUCCCAUUAUAUGUCCAGUGACGCUCAAUAACAGCACUCAAUAUCUGGGGUAUCAAACUUUUGCUCUUCCACUUAGCCACUCAAAGGAAAAUCAACCUGAAUAAUUAUAUCUCGGUACUGGGUGGUUGCAGGUUGACCCCCAAUUAAAAAAAUUUAAAAGUGCUGCGGAAAAUAUAAAUGAUAAUAAUAAUUACUUUAAUACAUUUAUACUGGGACUCAUCAUACAAACUUCAUCCUCUACCUUACUCACCAAAUAGAAAAAAUAUAAUUUUCAACAUGUUUUUCGUUACGAUGUUCUUGUAUUAUUUUAUUUCACAUAUCUCCCCUUGUUUAUAUUCCAACCAUAUCACCUGGCCAGCUACAAAUGUGUUGUUUGUUUAAUUUCUUUUUUAUGGAGUGCAGGAGAAUAGACUCCCGAAAUAAAAUCAAACUCCUAGAGCUUUGGUUAAAGAUAAUAACUUUAUAUUGCCAGGUGUAUUUUUACAAUUGCUGUGUGUUGAUUACAUUCUCAAUAAGAAAUGUUCUUUAUAAUAAAAUACUCUUAGCCUUUUAAGUUGAGUUCCUGAAAUUUCCUUACAGACGAGGUCCGUGCUCAGCUGAAGAUUGACCAUAUUCCAGUGGGUUCAACCAGUUGGAAAACUGUGUCUAAUCCAUCCUGGAAUGAGACAUUUAAACUGGAGUUAAAUAAGGUAUGAAUGUCAUUAAACUCAAGUAUAUUCACCCUAGAAUGAGACAUUUUUUUUCAGAAAUAUUGACUUAAGUGAAAAAUAGAAAACAAAACCCCAAAAAACAUUGUCUUGGUGAUAGUUUUCAGGCUAAGUGGAUGCCUGUAUUAUUGUUUUUAUUUUGUGUUAGUAGGAAUAUUACAUUCUAAAUCAACAUCCAUCGGUGGCCCCAGGAAGAAUUUAUACUAAUCCAUAAAUCUGCAUAUCCUGUAAAGAGUUGUCUAAGUCAGUAUAACUGGAACUCUUUUUCUAAACCUUUUAGGACCUUAAUGUGUCUUCAUCCAGUUAUGAUUUAGAGAGUUAUUAUACAUUGGGUUUGUUUAUCUUAAUUUAGAAAUAAAUAUAUUUUUUAAUAGAAUCAGGGAUAUAGAUGAUAACUUUUCUUUCCUUUUUUUGUUAAUGUGUACAUAGUCUCGGGAGUUAGAAUUAUCUUUAUAUUGGCACGAUCGGAGAUCACUGUGUGCCACAAAGACGCUGAAGUUGGAAGAAUUCCUGGUGAACCGGAAGCAGCAACUGUGUCUACAGCUGGAGCCACAGGGCACCCUUUUCAUCAAGGUGAGAACCAAUCUCUGACCACUAUCAAUUUAUAGUUAUUUACCUAUAAAUGUUUUAAUUAUACAGAAAAAAAAGGAUGAUUAAUUUAUCCAACAUAUUUCUCUAAAUGUAAAAAUAUAAGAGCGCUAUAAAGGCUAUUGACUUAAUAUUAAAUUGUACUGAAGUGUACAUGGAGUUGCAAAAUAUGUCUGCUAUAGUCACAUCUUGACUUAGCUCAACUUUGUUUACAAUUCACACAUGUCAGUGUUUAGCGAAUAAACCUUUCAAUGUACGUCAUAUUACCUAUAUGACCACUUAUAGUAUCUUAAGAAAUGUUCUAUUUUUGAGAUAAAAGACACUGUAUCAAAUGCUAAACUGUUUAAGUAAAUGAAGGGCUUUGCUUAUUGUGAUUAGCUGUAGAGGAAGAGUUUUGAAGCUGUUUAUUUUCCAUUUUUGUGUGUUUAUAUGUUGGUUUGGCACAAUGAGAAUAUGAUCAUUUCCUUCCCGCUGUUUUUUAUUUUGAAAUAGGUGACAUUUUCCAAUGCUUCCAUCCAGAAAAGGCCAAAACUUCAGACAAUUCAGAAAUUCUUCUCCAAAAAACAAGGUAAGUGUUCGUUUAACAUGUCUCGCAUUAAAUAGCAAACCGCCCAGGGGCCUUUAAAGGCAUCUAUGAGGCAGAAUUGAUUAUUAUUUGGUUACUGACAAGAAGUGAACCCUUGUACCCCAGUACUAGCCCCCCAUGUGAUAGAAAACUUGUUAAGCAGUGUGAAUGUGCUCAGUAACCAGUGUGGGAUUUCACAUUUCAUUUUCUUACAGGUAGAUAGACUGAUACAUGUUCAUCCAUUAUAACAACCAUAGCGCAGGAUGUACAUCUUAUACCAUAUGCAGUAUACACAGAUUACAUUACUUAUACCUACCUGAAGCUCAUUAUUUUCAUUGGAUGCCAGUCCUCUUAAACACUAAACAUUGUUUCAAUGUAUUAAAUGUGAGUCAUGGUUAUUAUAAUAUGGAAAUCUUGGCUGAAACAAAGUUCUAGGUUUGGAGAUUUUGUUACUUUUUUUUCUUGUUUUUGGAAUGCUAUGAAUAUAAUUAAUAUAUUUACUACUGAUCAUAUACAAUACUUAUAUUUUGUUCUGUAUUACUUUUAUAGAAGAGACCUUCCAGCCCACUGCAGAGGAAGAUACAGCUAUUGAUGUCCUUUCAUUGCCAGUAUCAGACACUGAGAGCGUGGUUCCAUCACCACCAGCUGUCGAUACCGAUGCAGAAGAAACCAUCAAGUCCACAUCAGAGGAGGAUAUAACAUCUGACGUUCUUCCAUUGCCAGUAUCGGACACUGAGAGCAUGGUUCAAUCAUUGCCUACUGUCACUAACGAUACUGAACAGACCAUCCAAUCAGCAUCUGAGGAGAAUAUAAUAUAUGGCAGUCUUCCAUUCCCAGUAUCGGACAAGAAGAGUGUGGUUCAAUCACUGCCCGCUGUCGAUACCGAUACUGAAGAGACUAUCCAAUCAGCAUCUGAGAAGGAGAAAGUAUCCGGUAGUCUUCCAUUGCCAGUAUCAGACACGGAGAGCGUGGUUCCAUCACCGCCCGCUGUCGAUAUCGAUACUGAAGAAACUAUCCACUCAGUAUCUGAGGAGGAUAUAAUAUCUGGCAGUCUUUCAUUGCCAGUAUUUGACACUGAGAGCGUGGAGUCAUCACCACCCACUGACAAUACUGAAUCACAAGAGACCAGCCAAUCGGUGUCAGAGGAUGGAGCUAUUGACGUUCUUCCAUUGUCAGUGUUUAACACUGGGAGCCAAGAGUCAUUAUGGUCAAUUAGGUAUUUUCACAUAUUCAUCUUUCUCAUCAAUGCUGUUAAAACGGCUACACAUUUACCAUAAACUCCUUAUUUUCUCCCCUUUACCACCCCUCACUACAUUUUAUUUAUGUAAUAAGCUUAAAGUUAUUCUUUAUGUACACAAAAACUUGCGUGUGAGAGUAAGAUGGGUGAGGUUAAGGCAGUAAACAUUUUUUCUGCCCAAUUCCCAGCAUGCUUAUUAACAUUGUCUACAGUUUGUUGGUAACAAGUAAGUUUACCAUAGCGAAAUAUUUUUAUAGAACGUUUAUGAAUUACAUUUUUUAUGACGGGACUUGAAAGUUCUUCCCAGCAGAAUGUGGAAUUCACCUGUUACCAGAGUGAAAUACAGUAAUUAAUCACGGCAGGUCCUUUGUGAUUCCAUCUGUAAUUAAUCAAUUGAUUUCACACAAUACAUAAUCAUCGUGUCCUAUAAAACAUGGCAAUCUACAACCCUAGUGAUAGAUAUUCCAGGGGAAUCCCUUUAACAUUGCACUGGAUGCUACAGAAUUUUCCACUAAGACACUCUGACUAUAAAGAAUUGAUGAUAUCAGAUCUAAAAGGUGCCAUCUAAAUAAAUACUGUUUUCUUCCUUCUUAAAGCGUUUCUCCUGUAGUAUCAUCGGACACUGAAUCUGAACCAGAAGAGUCUCCUGUUGCAUAUCGUACAUCUUUUUGCAGCUAUCAACCAGGACUUCAUGUUAUAAUCCCAGAUAUUCUGUCUCAGGUAAAGAUAUAACGUUUUAUACCUUGCUUAUUUUGUUUUUUUGUUCUGCUUUAGCACAAACUGCAUUAUUGAUGAACAUGGAAUAAUUGCAAUCUCGGUGUAGAAUGUUUUCUAUAAAAUCAUGGACAUAUUUAAAUUCUGGGUUUAGUACAUAAAUUGGAUCCUCAAUUAUUUUAUUACAACAAGCACUAAUGAAACGUUGUUAUUAAUAAUGUUUAAUUUUCUUUUCCAGGAUUAUGGAGCAGGCCAACACUAUUCUAGGAACUACACUUCAAACCAAGUGCCAUGUAAUACACCUCUACAUGAUGGCAGAGUGUCCAAUCAGGAAAACAGUGUCCUUCAAGAUCUGGAACAGUCUCAGGACCCACGGUAUGAUAACUUAUACUGUGUGUUAUAGGAGCAUGUUGUUUUGGGUAUUUGUUUUUUCAUCAGGAUGGGGGCUAUAUGAGUAACGAUAAAUAUGAAAAAAAAUAUAUUUUCUUUGCAGCAUUCAGCUAGGAGUACAACUGAGCCUCGAGGAUUUCCAAUGUCUCUCUGUGCUGGGCAGAGGACACUUUGGAAAGGUGGGUUUCGGGUAAAUUCCAAUUCUAGUGAGAAAUAAAAGGUGUCUAAACAAAUGUUAUCUAACAAAUAUAUAUAUAUUUUUUAAUGUUCAGGUUCUACUUGUUGACUACAAAGGUACAAACACCAUGUUCGCCCUGAAAGUCCUGAAAAAACGAAAGAUAAUUGCAUCUGAUUCUAUUGACUGGUCAGUGGAUGGAGAAUACUUAAAAUGGAAACAUUUUGGAUGGUAGUCCUAUUUGUUGUUCGCAAAAGUGAUUAAUUUAGUUAUUCCGUUUUUAUUUUCAAGUCUUAAAUAUGAGAAGAACAUCUUUCAGACCAUAAGCCGCAUACGACACCCAUUCCUUGUGAAUUUGUUCGCAAGUUUCCAGACUGAAGAUCUUGUCUGCUUUGUGAUGGAAUAUGCCGCUGGUGGAGACCUAAUGUCAACUCUUAAUAACAACAUGGCAUCUUUUACAGAAAGCAGAGCUAUGUAAGUAUAGUUUGGGGAUUAUGAUCACCCAGCCAGAACUCCAAACAAAAGUUAAGUUGGACUACAAGUUCAGUGAAUAGUGAUGUCCCGAAAGGUUCGCCGAACGGUUCGCUAACGGUUCGCCACGAACGGUUCGCCACGGACUCAUUAUUGAGUAAACUUUGACUCUGUACCUCACAGUCAGCAGACACAUUCCAGCCAAUCAGCAGCAGACCCUCCCUCCCAGACCCUCCCACCUCCUGGACAGCUCACUAAGAAUGCAGCUUCACAAUGAAUGUAAAAUGGAUGCUGACCAGGAGGUGGGAGGGUCUGUGAGGGAGGGUCUGCUGCUGAUUGGCUGGAAUGUGUCUGCUGACUGUGAGGUACAGAGUCAAAGUUUACUCAAUAAUGAGUCCGUGGCGAACCGUUCGUGGCGAACCGUUCGGGCGAACCUUUCGUGAACCGUUCGCGAACCAUUCGGCAAACCGUUCGGUGAACCGUUUGGGACAUCACUAUCAGUGAAGCCUAGACAGACACAAGACAAUGCAGGAAAUAUGUCUGAGCAUAGAGUGACAGAGGUUGGUGCAAUUAAACUGUCCAAUGGUACAAAAACUCUAUUUCCUUCCCCAAGAUAAAACAGAUUUAUUCUAUUUUCUACAGGUUUUAUGCGGCCUGUUGUGUGCUCGGCCUCGAAUUUUUACAUGAGAACAAGAUUGCUCACAGGUAAGUGUACAGGAAAAACUAAAGAUGGACAUACACAUAUUGUUCCCAGAAAUGUUAUCUGUCUUAUUUACUGUACUGCCAUUAAAAUAUUGUCUGUGGCUUAAUUACAGUAAUUAGUAAUAUUAUUAUGUUAACUUUAUCAUAAAUUAUAUACGUCCUUAAAUCUAACCUUUUAUUUAUUCUAAAUAAGAAAACCAUGUAAUCCAAGUACCCUUUAGUGAUAUGUAAAAAAUAAUAAAAACUCAAAUUCUAUAUUUUAAUCUAGAGAUCUUAAAUUGCGGAAUAUCGUUGUAGACAAGGACGGAUACGCCAAAAUUACCGACUUUGGUCUUAGCAAACAAGGUAAAAAUAAUGUUAUAUUUAGCUAAAGUAAUUUAUCACAAAGUUACAGAAUGUAACAUUAGCCACAUACAAAUAACAUCCAACUGCAGACCAAAAUAAAAGUAUACAUGAAACACAAAGGAAUGAAAUCAAAUAUUGUUGUAAAAUGAAAUAAGGGGCCAUUGUACAAAUUCAUAUCCAGUGGGAGGCAAGGUUGGAACACUAGUCAGAGUAGAUGCUGGAACAUAAUACAGAUUCGUAAAAACCAUUGAAAAAUUUGUACGAAAUUUCACAGAGAAUCUGCAGAUACAACACACUGACUCCUUGCAGCAAUUUUCUAAUAUCAAUUGGAAACAAAUUACAUGAAAUUAUUAAAAAUAAUAUACUGUAACAUACUGUAUAGCAGCAAAAUAAACCUACAUCUAUCUGUGUCUUUACCGAUGUACAUUUAUACUCUCUCUAUUUACGAGGGAUGGGAUUCAUCGAUAGAACCGACUCUUUCUGUGGCACACUGGAAUACAUGGCGCCGGAAAUAUUUGAGAGAAAACCAUAUACAAGAUCUGUUGAUUGGUGGAGUCUGGGCGUAGUAAUUUAUGUCAUGCUGUGUGGAAGGGUAGGUAUAGCAUAUUUUUACCAAUUUGUAGGAUUCCUUCUUAGGAAACCAAAAAUCCUUGUGUGAUGUCAUCCAGUCUAUUGAUGAAACUGAUAGUAUUUCAAACUAUAGACUGGUCAAGGUUAAAGGGACAAGCUGAGCACCAUAACCACUUCAGCUCAUUAUAGUGCUUAUCUAAAUAUCAUAACCCAAUACCUCCCUCUCCACUUUAUCUAAACUGAUUUUAUCUCUUUAAUACUUUCUCAAUUUCUUUAUAUUUCAUUUAUUGUUUCUGCUUUGGAAAACCAUUUACAUUAGAGAAAUUACCCACUGUAGAUUCUAGGCCAACCCUGCACAGUGGGCACAGUUUGAGAAGACCAUGUGCCCUCUCUGUGUGGGCCGUUUACACAGAGCAGAUUAUGGGCUCUCAGGAGUGUGAGUGCUAUAAACACUAUUGUCAUCUUGCCACAGUGUUUUAUGGUUUACAUCAAUAAGUUGUUUUUUCAUUUUUUCAUGACCCUCAUUGCAGUAUAUAUCAUUGAGUGGUUAUUUUAUGUGUGUGACAAUUUCUAGCAGGAUAAUAAAUAUUUUGUCACAAAAAACGAACUUCUGCAUCUUACAAUAUGCAUCUAAAAUGUUUUUUUUUCUAUUAGUUUCCCUUUAAAGGUAAAGACAGAGAGAGAGAGAUAUCAUAUAAGGUAGUUAACACUGAACCUGACUAUCCGGAGUUCCUGUCUGUAGAAGCGUUUUCAAUAAUAAAAAGUGUAAGUUGCCAACGCAUGUUUAGUGAUUUCUGAUUUUGACAUAUUGAGUAAGCGGAGGUCAGAAUUUGCAAUCACUGUUGAUGAGUGGAUUGCUGACGAGCUGCCUUGGGAUGAAGGAAGUCUGAGAGCUGUUAGAUUAGUAGUUACAUCUGGUAAGCGAUAAGCAGACGGUGGGUUUUAUAGCUCUUGGAAGCUCCAGGAUUAAAGAUCCUGCAUGUAGCUCUAUUUCUAAACAGUACCGCUCGUAUGGCUUUAAUGAUGUAUGACAUCACAGCUCAGCGUCUUACAUCAUACAACCCAUCACCUUGUUUGAACUUUGACAGUUGUUAGAAAGUGACAUAUAAGGUAUACGGAAAGGGUCAAGGCAUUGGGGGAGGUUUGGAAGGAUUUUACAAAGAGUGAAUCAUAUUGUUUCCUUUUUUUAUAUGAAGAAUUUUACUUUUAUCAAUUAUGCACAUUGCUCCAUAGAACAGACACGUUUCAUUCUGUGGGUCGAUUGAUGCGUGCCCCCGCCUGUUCCGCUCUGUUGUAGCUGCUAACAUUGUGUGUGAAUGUGGGCUUGGACAGCUUGAGUGGUAAGGCUCUGAAAACACAGCUGGUCCUCUGUAAAAACUGUGUGAUUGGCUGUAACAAAAUAGGACAAGCAGUCACAAAUACAUUGGUCUAGUUAGAGAUUAAAAGAAGUUAAACUUAUAUUUGGGGAAUUAAAUAAAUACAAGCAGUAAGCAUGACUUGUCCCAUUGAUCAGGGCAGAGCAAUGUCUGGGCACCAAACACGAUGCCAUUGUGACAUGGUGCCUACUGUGUAUUGAGCUCUGUAGUAAAUAUUCUGCCUGAGCUCAUAAAGGCAGAUCUUACAGAACCUGCAAGAAAAUGCCUUUAAUUCUCAGUGUUUCAGAUUAAAUAACAUUUUCAUUUCUCCUCCCCCCUUAUGCAGCUUAUGAAUAAAAAUUCCAGAUCCCGUCUAGGAGCCAGGAUUGGUGCCAGUGCUGUCAAGAAACAUCCUUUUUUCAAAGUAUGUCUAUGUUGUAUAAAUUCCAUCUAUGGAUGUGUAGAUAUAAUGUUGAUUGUUCUAUAUUAUUAGUUUACUGGUUUAUAUCGUGGCACACCUGAUUUAUUUUUCUAAUUUUUCUUCAAUCUUUUUUAUUUUUUAACAGGGAGUCGACUGGAGUGCGUUACUUUUUAAGAAUAUUAUAAAUUCGUUUGUACCAUCCAUUGCCGGACCAAAGGACGUCAGUCAUUUUGACAAAGCUUUUACAACACUGGACCCCAUUCUAACACCACCGGAAGAAUCACCGUUAGAAGACCAAGACCUGUUCCAAGAUUUCGACUGGGUGGCCGACUGGAUUUGA